AUGUAAAAAAAUGUCAUUUUAAAUUACUUAUAAAAUGGUUCUUCAUUUUAUCCUUUUGGAGAUGAGCCUUCACAAAAUGAUAUGAGUUUUGAUCCUUUCAUUCCAUUUCAAAAAGAAAGAGAUAAAACAGGGAAAUUGAUUAAGAAUACAGAUUCAAAUUUUGUGAAAAUCAAAAAGAAUACGUAAUAAUAUUAUACUGACCACUCAUAUUCCAACAUCGAUUUACUAAAUUCUAAUAAACUUAACACUGAAAUAGAUUAAUCAAAAUAAAUUCCUUUGAUAGAACCUAUUAUGUAAUUACCUUUAAUACAUAAACCUCAAUUAUAAAUAUCAACUUAGGCUAUUUCAACUUCUAAGUAUACCUUAAAUUAGAAUUUAAUUGAAAUAGGCUUAUAAUUGAAAAAAUUGAAAAAAAAAUCUUCUCUUUAAAAGGUCUCACUGUUAAGCAGAAAAACCAAGUCUUUGGCUUUUUAAAUACCAUCUCUUGGAAUUUAUGAUCCAAUUCCUUAUUCUAAACACUUGCCAAAUAUUCAAAUCAAAUCAAAAAAAGCAAGGCAAUAAAUAGAGGAAAUUUCUCCAAAAAUCUUAAUAUCAAUUCCUCCUGUGUAGAAAAGUAAAAAGAAUGAUUUUGAAAUGAUGUUUGCAAAAUAAAUGGCCUCUAUUAAACGAUAAGUGGAUUAUGAAAUGUAAAGAAAUCCUAACUAAUUGUUUAAAGUAGAAAAAUUUGAUAUAUAACAAAAUUUAGAUCUAGAAGAGGCUGAUUAACUAAAAAACCGUAUGAAAAGAUAUUUUUAAAGCGUUAAAGAUAGCUUUAUAAAAAUAAAAAAUUUGAUGAACAUCAAAAAAUGA